AUGGCAAACUCAGAAACUAGAGAGAUCAUCGAAACACCAAUUUCGAUCUUAUUGCUCGGAGAUGCAGGGUGCGGCAAAUCAACGUUUCUCUCAGGACUCAAAAGAGUCAGAGCGCAACACACCGGGAGCUCGAAUGGCCAAAUCGAUAUCUUACGAGAUAGCGACCAGCCAUUUGUAUACGACAUAAACUUCUCCAAAAAGUCAUUUACUCUUGAGAUCUACGACACAGCCAGUCCUAACCAGCACUGGACGACGCUCCGGCCGGACGUUGUUCUCUUGGCGUUUGAUAUCUCGAAUCGAGAAACGCUCGACGGCUUGAAACGGUGGCGAAGUGAUAUCAUUAGAUACUUUCAGCGCGGAGAAGGCGAGCGUAUCCCCGUGAUGAUGGUAGGGCUGAAGAGGGAUCUGAGGGCGCCUGGGGAAGGGCUUAUCUAUCCACAGGAAGCAUAUAGAAUUGCGCAGGAGCUUCGGUGUGAUCGCUAUGCGGAGUGUUCGGCUGUUACAGGGGAACUCAUGGCGCAGACCUUUGAGGAUCUUGCGAGGCUGGCGUAUAUGACUACCACGUCUGAUGGUGGGCAAUCGAAAGGUGGUUGUGUCGUUAUGUGA